AUGGCAAACCAGGCUGCGGGGCGCGAUGGGGACGCAGCCAGGGCGGUUUCGUCCUCUCUGGAGCUCAGCUCGUCUCUCGAUCGCAGCGUCCAGACUCGGAUAUUUAAAAUAAUCGUCAUCGGAGACUCGAACGUCGGAAAGACGUGUUUAACCUUCCGCUUUACCGGCGGAUCCUUCCCCGACAAAACGGAGGCCACGAUCGGGGUGGAUUUCAGGGAGAAGGCGGUGGAGAUCGAGGGCGAGAGGAUAAAGGUGCAGGUCUGGGACACGGCGGGUCAGGAGCGCUUCCGCAAGAGCAUGGUGGAGCACUACUACCGCAACGUGCACGCCGUCGUCUUCGUCUACGACGUGACCAAAAUGGCCUCCUUUCAGAACCUGAAGACGUGGAUCCAGGAGUGCAACGGGCACCGGGUGUCGGCCACGGUGCCCCGCGUGCUGGUGGGUAACAAGUGCGACCUGGUGGACCAGAUCCAGGUGCCGUCCAACACGGCUCUGAAGUUCGCCGACGCUCACAACAUGCUGCUGUUCGAGACCUCUGCCAAAGACCCCAAGGAGAGCCAAAACGUAGACUCCAUUUUCAUGUGCCUGGCGUGCCGCCUGAAGGCCCAGAGGUCUCUGAUCUAUAGAGACGUGGAGCGGGAGGACGGCCGGGUGAGGCUCAACCAGGAGCCCGAUUCCAAAAGCAGCUGCCCGUGCUGAGGGACUGUAAACGCCGCGCCGAUCGUAUCCUGUGUUUCAGUCCCGAUGAGACUCAUAUUGAUAGCUGCAAAGAAAAAUGUGCCUGUAUUUAAUGACCGUGUUCCCUCUUGGUGACUCUUCCAUUAGCUGUUUUCCACUGACAGUACUGGUUCCAGCUGUGUGCGGGGCCUCUUUACCAGUUUACCAGCCGAGCCUGUCAGUUCCACAUACACUGUAUGGUCAGAAGUAUCGGGACACCCCUUGUUAUUAUGAAAUUCAUGUGUUUCAGCCACAACCACUGCUAACAGGUGUAAUAAAUCCAUUAUAUAAAGAAAAUGAUAUGCUUCCAACGUUCCUGUUUCCUCAAGGGCAUGAAGAAAAGCUCGGCUUUACUCGGCACUACCAAACAGCUUUGCAGUGAACUGGAACAUCAGUGGCCAGCCGUACAAAUGCUUCAUCUUUUGAACACACUGAAUGGGCACAAAUUACCACAGACAUACUUCAAAUCCGGACGGCACGGUGGCUCGGUGGGUAGCACUGUCGCCUCACAGCAAGAAGCUCCUGGGUUCGAUCCCCAGAUGGGUCCAUUCUGUGCAGAGUUUCUGUGUGGGUUUCCUCCGGGAGCUCCGGUUUCCUCCCACAGUCCAAAAACAUGCAGUCAGGUUAAUU